CACAAACCCGUUAAGAAAAUCAAUGGCUUCCUUCAUCUUCAAGUUAUACAAUCUGAACACUUGACGACGAACACAAAGGAAAGCCACUCAAUCAUCUUCUUCUUCUCUUCAAUCUCUUGAAGAUGAGUUACCAAAAAGCCCCUCAUCAACCCUACCCUCCUUCAGGGUACUCACCACCUUACCCACCACCAGGGUACCCACCAACAACACCACCGUACGGAGGGUACCCACCAACAACACCACCGUACGGAGGGUACCCACCGCCUGGAGCACCACCGCCAGGGUACUCUGGAUACCCACCACCGGGGCCACCUCGUGGGUACCAAGGGUAUUUCGCUGAAGGGUAUCCACCACCACCACCGCCUCCAGGUCCGCAACAGUACCAAGAGUGUUAUCACUAUGAACAUCAUCAUUACCAGGAUGAUGGUUGCUCCUCGUUUUUACGUGGUUGUUUGGCCGCGCUAUGUUGCUGUUGUGUGUUGGAGGAAUGCUGCUUCUAAAUUUGUACUGCUUCAUUGAGCUUCAAAUGAUGUAUAUGGUUUCGCAUUCUUCUUGUCUAGAAUUGUAUGGAUUUCUAUGUACAUGUAAUUUAAUAGUGUCAUUUCCUCCAACUUGAAAACAGUUUAGAUAUGCCUCAAUGCUAUUGUCUCGCGCACCUUCUUGACUUUAA